GGAGUUAAGUUGGUCGAUGCAGUUGGGCAACGACAUGAAGCAUGAAGCAAAAAGGAAUAAGUGGGGGUAAGUGAGGGGGGCUCAUAGGAAUGUGGGGCCUGCGUCUCUUUAACUCCAGUGUUGUGAGGCGACCAGCUGUUGCCUGACGUCACCGUGAAAACUACGAGUUGAAUAACUGCGUCGAAAGUCCACUCGCCGUUCAAUCAAGUCCAUCAGACAAAGGAGAGCAGCAGGAGGACCUAACGUCACUCAAAAAUCCCUGGGUAAAAAUCGGACUCCCUCACCCGGGGAGAAAAUCAUUGCGAGGAGGGGUAAAAAAAAAUAGGAAGCAUAAUAAAAAUAAAUAUUUCAACGCGUGCGCAUUUAACUCCGACAUAAACAUCAAGGGUCUUUCUCUCUCGUGACGAAACGGUAUCUCUCCUCCGUUUGGGAAAAAUCAAAACAAUCAAGAUGGCGGAGCAAAGUGGUGAGGCAUCAUCGUCGAGCAGUGUCACUGAGGCACCAGCAACUGCUCAACAAUUGCAUGAAGAGCUUGAUAAAAUAAAGGAGCUCCUUGAGCCGGAGAAGAAGAAACGAAAAUUGUUGAGAGGCGAUGGCAAGAGUGAGCAAAAGCUUGAACAUCGGUUGGGGGGCAUACUCUGCUGCGCCGUUUGUCUCGAUCUUCCUAGGGCGGCGGUUUACCAGUGUACCAAUGGACACUUGAUGUGCGCUGGGUGCUUCACUCACGUACUGGCCGAUGCGAGACUACGCGAUGAACUGGCAACUUGUCCCAAUUGUAGAAUUGAGAUAAGUAAGACAUCAGCGUCGCGCAAUUUGGCGGUGGAAAAAGCUGUAUCGGAAUUGCCAGCUGAGUGUCAAUUUUGUGCUAAAGAAUUCCCCAGGAAUUCCUUGGAGAGACAUGAAGAGUCUAUGUGCGAAGAAAGAAUAUCAAGCUGCAAAUACAGCAGAAUUGGCUGUCCAUGGCGUGGUCCAAAUCACGAGAGCUCAGAGCACGAGACCCAUUGCGUUCACCCGCAUCGCACUGGUGCUGAUGUCAUGGAGGCAUUGCGUGACAUAGAUGCCCGUACCCUCGAGGAACGCAGGCUCUAUGACAAUGUCUUUGAUCUCCUCUCUUACGAGAAAAUCACCUUCAAUGAUCUGCAGAUGAAACCAUAUCGCACUGACGAAUACGUCCACAAAUUGUUCUACGAGACAGCGCGUUUCACUGCAUUUAAUUAUCAGUGGGUAGUCAAAGCGAGGAUUAACAAUAGCCAACGCGAUCCCACUCAGAGUUCCGAGCGUGACAUGACUUAUCAACUCAUCUUGAAGUCAAAGACAACAUACCCUCUGUCCCUUCAUUACUUGAUACUGAAGGGACCUUUUGGGGACAUGAAAGUCAAAACACGUAUUCAUCGCUUUGAUUUUACUGACUCUGAUAAUGAAAGCCCCUAUUUGCCAUUACCACUUCCCGACACCAAUGAGUGCAACAGACUCUUGGCAGUAAAGGCUAUAAAUUUCCGACUCAUUAUGUUUCUCGCGUCAAAGUAGUCCGCUGAAUUAUCACUGAUGAUCCUGCCGUUAGAACAAAGCGAAGAAAUAUAUAUUUAUUAUAUAUACAUGACUAGAUCUACUGUCUAAAUUCUGGAUCGAGUGAAAAGCUGGAGAAUUGCGCAGAGAAUGAUAAAGAGAAACUUUUGGAUUCAAAUUUGCUGGUUAAAUGUACAAUAGUUCAUAAACUAAAAAAAAACAAACACUAAAGAAAUAAAUCCCACGGAAUAUUGUCUCGAUAUUAAUUUC